GGACAGUCUCCAGACCCUCGGCCCAGGACCGGACUUUGACCACGCCUCACGGUAACCCCCCCCCUGGGUCCAGCACACAAACGCUGGCUCCCUCAGCCUGAAAGCGAGAUGAGAGCAGCAACCCCAUAGUCGCCUUUGUCUGGACUUAACCGUCCAGGGGUCCUUUACCUUUACUCUUUUUCUCCCCACAGAAAAGGCAGGAAAACUAAAGAUGGGGCGUUUGGCUUUCUUUGGUCUCAGCUUCCUAAUUGCUGCUCCUUUCUUGAGAGGUGAGUUCCUUCCUUCCAGACAGAGCUAAGGAGGAACCUUGGGCUCCUUGAGGAAAAGGUGGGAUAGAAAUGCAACAAACAAACAAACAAACAAACAAACAAACAUUCAGGUCUGUCAUGCCAGUUUGGGAAGUGCAGAUUUGCCUCUCCAACUCCAGUUAAGCACAGUUGUGGUGUGCAUAAACGUUUCUGGAUUAUUAUUCCCACAGCUAUAGGCAUAGAAAGCCUUACAUCAGCCUGAUGAUUCUGGGAAAGUCCAAGAAGGAAGAUUUUGCCAUCUCCCAAAUGAUUCACGAGAUCAUUCCAGAAAAUCUCGUGCUGUUGAACUGUCUCUGCACAGCCACCACCAAUUAUGUGCUUCCACAGAAAGAAAUCUGUGGGCACAGGCAUCUGCAGGGAUUUCCCUCUCAAAACAUGGAGAGGGGGGAGCAGGCCAGUUUCUCACACAAAAAACGAGAAGAAUGGCACCUGGAACAUUUGCCUCAUAUCUGAGGUGGCCCCAUCCACUCCAACGAUCAUUUCUUUUGAAAGGGCAAGUUUCUAGCAUUCCUAAAACCUUGCUCUCUCUUCAAACAUCCAUGUCCUUGGAUGAAAUUAUUAAACUGGAAGAAAUUCUCUGCUCUUCUGUCCCCACAGGAUUCUUCGCUGGUUUCCCUGCACCACUUUCCCGUCUCCUCCACCUGCUUCUCACACCCGCCUGCUUUGUGCAAACCUGGGUGUCAUUCCACGGACACCCCUCCUUCCUGUAUUACGCCAACGUUGCAACCCUCAAGAACUGAUUCCUUAUGUUUCACUUCGAUCUGUGGGGUCCUUUGAUGAUUCUGGUGAUUCCCCAUGUGGCCCUCGAGGUUCAGUCGACCUUCACUGGCUGACUGGGUAUUUGGUGUGGCAUAUUCUGCCCUGUGGAACUGCCUACCAUUAGAGGCUUGUCAGGAACCACCCCUGCCUUCGUCUGAAAACUGUGCUGCUUUGGCAGGCAUUCCCAGUGUGAAUUUCUCCUCCCUCUCUCUCCCUCUCUCAUUUUUUUUAUUGGUUUUCCAAAUUAUUACAGACCAGACCAAAUUACUUUAAUUUAAUACAAUUUCUUAGAAAAAAAUAGGUUUCCCGCUCCUGUUGCAAACAUAUGUCCAUCACUUCCUCAUGUAGCCAUUUCAUCUCUUCUUUGUUGUUGUUCAGUUAUUUAGUCAUGUCCGCCUCUUCGUGACCCCCUGGACCAGAGCACGCCAGGCACUCCUGUCUUCCACUGCCUCCUGCAGUUGGUCAAACUCAUGUUGGUAGCUUCAAGAACACUGUCCCACCAUCUCGUCCUCUGUCGUCCCCUUCUCCUUCUGCCCUUCAUCUUUCCCAACAUCAGGGUCUUUUCCAGGGAGUCUUCUCUUCUCAUGAGGUGGCCAAAGUCUUGGAGCCUCAGCUUCAGGAUCUGUCCUUCCAGUGAGCACUCAGGGCUGAUUUCCUUCAGAAUGGAUAGGGUUGAUAGUCUUGCAGUCCAAGACAUCUCUUCUUUAAUAACCAUUUAAUCCUUCUCUUGAUGUUAGACCAUUCUUGCAGCUGACCAUAAUUCUUUCCUUACAUACAGCACCUCUGUUAUUUCUCAUAAAUAUAAAACCCAUUUCACCUGGGUAGUCCUUCAUAGAUGUUGUUCUCAGACCUUGUGUGCUGAGCCGUUUAAUUGCUAUCUUACUUUGUUCAGUUCACCACAGUGUUUACAAGGUCAAUUCAUGUUCCAUUCCCUCAGCUGUUUCUCAUUUUUAACCAACUGCUAUCUGCAGAUGUUUCCUUUAUGUUUUUAGUUACAUUUUAUGGAUAUUUAUGGACUGAUUUCGUUCCGCUUUGUGUGUCGUGAGCUGCCUAGAUACAGAUGAGAAAGUGAGGAUUGCAAAUAUCUAAACAAAUAAAUGAUAAUCAACCCCAGGCCAGUUUCUUACUGGGCUUUUCCUUUGACUCCCUGAGCAGGUGCUGAGGCCGCCUGCUGCCACAUGGAGUGGUUACCAUAUGGUUCCUAUUGCUACAAACUCUUCAGCGAUAAAGUGAGCUGGGCUGAGGCAGAGGUAAGUGCGGCCUCUUGGCUUUGGUCAAGAGCUGAUGGAUUGAUUGAUCAGUUUACUUAUAUGCCAGUUUUGCACAACAAGCCCAUAACGUCCUGCAGCAAACCUUAAAAACAUCCAAACACAGAGCACUAUAAAUACAAAUAUCUUCUUCAUAAUAAUACCUUUAUUGUCAAUGUACAACCUGUGUACACUAAAAUUAACUGAGCCCCACCACACAAACACUCAAUCUCAUGGCACUCUGUGUGCUUGUCGCACAACACACCAACCCCAAAAGUCAGUUGCACUAUAUUAUUAUUUUCUGUUCAGCAGCCUAACAGCCCACGGAUAGAAACCGUUUUGUUUUUUUUAAAAAAAAUAAUAUUUAUUAAAAGUUUAAGAAUUAAAGAAAGAAGUAAAAAAGAAAAAGAAAAAAUAAACAAUACAAAUCAAUACAUUACAGUACAUAUAAAAAAGCAAAAGACACAAUACAUCAAAACAAAAACAAAAGCAAAAACAAUUAAAAACACAUCCAAAAUUUCCAUAUUUUUAUCUUUCAUUAACUUGUUUCAUCGACCUCCUCACACCUCCCUUUUUGUGUUCUAGUUAUUAAUUAUUUCAGCAAAUCCUUUCCAUCUUUCACUGUUUUCUGUCAUUUAAUUAUCUUAAUUUAUUUUAACCUUAUCUUACCAUUAAAACCCUAAAACUUAUUUGUACUUAACUCCUUAUAACAUUUCUACUAAAGCCAUAUAAUUUCAUUCCAACAUUUUUCUAACACUCAUUAAUUUUGCAACAUUUCUCUAAAUAAAUUUUUUAAAAACUUUUUUUCCAAUCUUCUUCCACCGUCUCUUCUCCCUGGUCUCGGAUUCUGUCAGUCCUUUCUGUCAAUUCCAUUGGUGACCUUCUGUCCGAGGCUCUUAACUCUCUUCCAUGUCCCUUCUGCAGAUCUUCUUCAUAUUUAUACAUGCACUUUACUUUAUCUUAUGCUGAUCUUGUUCUUAAUUUCCCUCCUUUGGCACUGAGGAGUAGAUCUCGGGGAAACUCCAACCUAACAAUGUCUUUAUUCCUUCUCGACGGGUCAGCCCAUUCUCCAUAGUCAGAACUAAAGUCCAAAAGAUAUUUCAGAGCGCCACUCUCCCCCUGACCCAAAUCCAAGUCCCAAAGGCCAGAACAUCCCUGCAUUGGAGGAUCUAUCCAACUUUCCUUCUCCAAUCCAAGCAGGGCGCCAUCCCACCAAAUCUGGCUUUCUCUAGAUUCGAUCAUAAAGGGCAACAGCUUAUGAUCAUCAAAUUGCCUCUGAGAGGCCGGGGCUCUCUCCACUUGAAUUACUUGAGGUUCAACAACAACUUUCUCCUUCGUCUUCUCCACAGCUUGCCAUGUCAAAACAGAUUCCUGGGUCAAUUCCUGAGUAAUUUCUGUAUAGAUAUUCCCUUGUUGUCCCAACUCAGUCAUUUUUUGUCCCAAAUUGUCAAUUUUAUUAAUCCACACAUCCGUCUUCUCAUGAAGCUGUUCCAAUAAAGCACUUGUCUUGCAAAAUGCAAUCACUAAGGCUUCUUCUGUCAACAUUCUUGUCCAAGGUCAAACUCUGAUUCUCACACUCUUUAAUCUCUGCAGCUGGAAAAUUCCCAGCUCCACUCCUGCAACAGUUUCAAAAGCUCCCUCUAGGGGAAACAAUUUCUAUUUGUAUCCAUCAAACGCAGAUCCAGCAACAGAAUUAGUUUCGAUUAGUUACUUUUUUUGCUCCUUUUUAAGUGCAAAAGGAAACAAUGGAAACAAUAUAUUUCUCUUAUUUAACUAUCUGUCAACAUACGUUUUUAUUCACAGUCAAUGAACAUUCCCAAAACGUCAAUCUUACUGGCAGCCCGUUCCCAGGUUCGAAACGGUGGUGAUUUAACUUUCUUCACUCUCUCUCCUGCAGGCUUAAACAAUCUAGAAUUUCGCCCCUCUUCUCCUGCUUCCAAGGGGGUUUAGUAAUUUUAGCCGAUGGAGAUUUAAUGCUUUACAAAAGACUUUCCAGACUUUAGCUUGCAACGUCUUUGCUUUGAUCUAUUUACAAAAAAGGAAGGCGGACUUCCUGUUUGAAACCUUCCCGUUUUGAUGCCAAAUUAAAAUGUUUAGAGAUCCAAUUUUCCGUUCUACUCACGGGUAGUUGUUUAGAGUUCAAUUGUCCACAGGAAAAAGUCAGUGCUCUCCGGCAACAGCAAUGCGGCUUCACUCUGUGAAAAAGCAGUCGAUUCGAAGCACCGUGCCGCUCACCCCACGUCGCUCCGGAUCCCCGAAACCAGGUUUCCCCGCGAGUAGGGGAGGCGUGAAAGGUGCCAGCCGAAUCCCACGUCCACAGGCUUCUCCCGCCUGUGGUUUUUAAUGGGUCUCCGCCUCGCCGUGGCGGUCCAGACCCUAGUUUCCACAGAGCGGAUUCCUCCCGAUCAGAGGAAAUCCGCCAUUGCCGGAGGCACUAACCCGGAAGUCCCCGUUUUUUAGCCUGUUGGUACAGCUGAUUAUACUUCUAUAUCUCCUGCCCGAGGGUAGAAGAUUAAAGAGGUGCUGGCCGGGGUGUGAAUCAUCCCUGAGAAUUUUCCUCACUCUCCUAAGGCAACAAUUGCUUGCAAUGUCAUCUAGCGGGCUCAGGGAAAGCCCAUGAUAUCAUGCGCUGUGUUCACCACCCUCUGUAGAGACUUUCUGUCCAUGGCUGUCAAACCAAAGUACCCCACUGUGAUACAAUAUGAGAGGGCACUUUCUAUUGUGGACCGGUAGAAGGAGGUCAUCAAUUGUCAUUUAACGUUGUUCUUUUGUAAGACCCUGAGGAAAUGGAGUCUCUGUUGGGCCUUCCUAACCACCUGAGUUAUUACUAUUAUUGGCAGGGGUGGGGGGGAACGGGUCACGUGACAUCAGUGCCCAAGUUAGGUAUACGCGCAAUUUUAGACAAAGGGCAGGAAAACAAGCUCUGCCGCCAGCAUUCAGGCCUUACUCUGAGUUUUGGGGUGGCACGAAAGUGCCCAAGAUCCUCUUUCCCACCUGCAAAUGCUUUGGGCUUCCAUGCAUGUUCCCUCAUCCCAGCCCUUUACUGAAUCCUCCCUGAUUUCCUGCUCUUUGGGUAAAAAUGACGUUUCUCUUGCCCUCUCUCAGAUUGCCUGCCAAGAUUACUUCCUCGGCGGCCACCUGGCCUCCAUCCACAGCGCGGAACAAUCUGCCGAGCUGGCCAAGUACAUCAUUAAAUACCGCAAAGAUGGAAGCCGUGUCUGGAUUGGACUGCGUGACCCCCUGAAGGUGGGUUUGCUGGCUUAUUUUAGCUUCUAAGGUGCUUUUGGACUCCAUUGCAGGUUGCGGGGGGGGGGGGGCUUGUAGAAAGAUGCUGAACUUAAUAAGAGGGCAGGGUGCCCCCACCCCCAGAAUGUCUGUAUUUUUCACUCCAUAAGAUGCACGUGACCAUAAGAUGCACCUAGUUUUUAGAGGGGGGAUGCAAGAAAAAUAUGUUCUUUAAAGGGAGCACUGAGCAGAGCAUGUAUGCAUCCCAGGCUCUGCUCAGCGCUCCCUUUCACGAGCCGCGUGGAGCAUGUGUGUGGCGCUUGCAGGCUUCUCCCUCCUCAGGGAAAAGCCCCCAAGAGGCCCCCACACGCUCUGCGCGCUCUUUAAAGGGAGUGUGGCUCUUGCUGGCUUUUGCGGGAGGUGGUGGAAGGGAGAGAGUGCGACUAAGCCAGAAGCUAGAACAGUGAGAGGGAGUGCUGCGCAGUGAUCCCUCUCGCUGUUCUGGCUUCUAGGAUAGCUGCGCAGCCCGCAUUCGCUCCAUAAGACGCAAACACAUUUUCCCUUACUUUUUAGGAAUGAAAAAGUGUGUCUUAUAGAGUGAAAAGUACGGUAUUUGGAAAUUCAUUGGGAUUCUUCAUUGUUGUGAACCAUUUUCAUAUCUAUUUAUUAGUAGCAGAAUAAUUUAACUUUUAAAAAUACAAUGCACUGCGGCCACAAUGGCCGAGUGGUUACUAUUUAAUUUAUUGCAUUUGUAUUCCACCUCUCCUCCAAGGAGCGGAAAGUGGUCCCAACUAAAGAAUAAUGGGAACUUAAGUUGACAGAAUAUGCGCCUCUUGCAGACUUAACAUAUAGAAUAAGAGAACAAGAAGGACAUACGUUUAGAGAAGAUUGGAAAACGUUGAUUGAAUAUAUGGGAAAUAACUGUACAACUGAAAACGCUGGCAGCAUUAAGAUAAAUUCAACAGUGUAAACAAGUUUUGAUGGAUGCAAUAAUGGAAUACUGAAUGGUACAGUUUCUGUAAAAUAUGCAGGGGUUUAUGAUUUGCAGAAUGAACCGUGGAAAGAGAAGAAGGGAAGCCAUUGACGUCUUAAGGAUGUAAAAAUGAGUAUUUUAAAUUGUAAAACAGAAAAUUUAAUUAUAUAUACGUAUAUGUAAAAAAGAGUGUGAGCAGCUGCUGCAAGGAGACUCCAGGUCUCCCAUCUGCCUAACGAGAGCCUCGUCUGGGCAUCUUUGCUCUCUUCCCUGACAACCAAACUGCUUUUCUGUCCACACAGAACCGGCAGUGGCAGUGGACGGAUCGGUCUUCAAACAGCUACAAGAACUGGAAUGCUGGAGAACCCAACAACCUCAAGAACAACGAGAACUGCGUCGAGCUCUGGGCUGACACAGGUGAGCCCAGAGGGAGAGCUUCCUGCUCUGGCACCCAGAGCAGCGCACAUGUGGGGAUGUGGCUUGUGCGCGUCUCAGGGGGCGUGGCGCUCGUGGGGGGGGCGUGGUGAGUGGCAUGUAUUCCAGGGGCAGCGAGUGAUGUCACGCCCCCCCCCCAGAAUGACACCCGGGGCGAACCUCACCCCCCGCACCCCCCUUCCUCCACCAGUGGGUGAGCCCGGGUGACGUGGGCAUGUUGGCGAGAGCGGGGGGAGGGCAAUGAACUGAGCAGCCCAGUUGUGGGACCUCCUAGGAAUGGAGGGUGUGCUUGCAGAAGGAGAGAUUUCUUUGAAUCUUAUUAACCAUCAGGGUAAAGGUAAAGGUAUGUCUGACCAUUAGGCCCAGUCGUGGACAACUCUGGAGUUGUGCACUCAUCUAGCUCUAUAGGCUGAUUGGAGCCGGCGUUUUUCCACAGACAGCUUCUGGGUCCUGUGACCAGCAUGACUAAGCUGCUUCUGGCAAACCAGAGCAGAGCACAGAAAUGGCGUUUACCUUCACACUGGACUUGGAAGCAGCAGCAGCAGCAGCAGCAAAAACUGACCACGUUUUUGCUUGAGUUCUCUGAUAUCCCUAGCAAUAUCUCAGUGACAUCCAUUACAAUAUUAAACCUUGGAAAAUCUCAGAGUGGAGCAUGAGACACAGGUUCUCUUUUGCUUUCCAGGAUACAUGAAGUGGAACGAUGAGAACUGCAACUCUGCUCGUUCGUACCUCUGUCAGUACAAACUCUAGGAUGGAGUCCCCGUUUCUCAUCACCUGAGAAGGCAGGGUCAGGAAGACACACCCUUCAGAUAAAGGAAAGGGGAUAUUCCUGCAAGGACCCCAUCUCUACAUCCUUUUAUGAUCUCUCCUUGUUGAUUGGUGGUUGGUUUGCUUGCUUACGUCUCCUGGUUGUUGAUUAGAAAAAUGUAAUGUCCAAUAAACUUCAUCUUUAUCUCUUUGUUCAUUGAAUAA